GCGAACUCAUGGUUAGCGGCAGUGGAAAGAUUGUUAUUUUCUAUCUUAAAUUCGUAAUGCGCGUGCAUAGGGAUGGCUUUAAUACUGUUGCAUAGAAUUCGUAUCAUCCCGGCUCCUUUUCUUGGCCUGCAACAUUGUCAACGGUGCUUCAGUGCUCGUUUAUCAGAAAAUGUUAGUAACGACAAUGGCACAGAACAACAGAAUCCGGCAAGCAACAAUACAGAGCGACUCAUCAAAGUGGCCAUCAUUGGACUGCCAAAUGCCGGCAAAAGCACCCUCAUUAAUCGGUUAAUUGACCAUCGGGUCUGUCCAGUUUCAGCAAAGGUUCAUACGACGAGAAAGGCAUCGAAAGCUAUUCACAGCAAGUCCAAUUCGCAAGCGAUCCUUUUCGAUACACCGGGGUUAGUAGGAAACCGAGAAAUCAAGAAACAUCAGCUGGAUACCCAUUUUGUAUCCGCAUGCCGGCAUGCAAUCCAGCACUCGAGCUUGAUUGGUGUGGUGCACGACGUUUCGAAUUCGUGGACACGCCAUGCACUGAAUCCGGUGCUGUUGCGUGUCCUUGAAGAAUACGCUCACAUACCGAGCUUCCUUAUAUUGAACAAAAUCGAUACGUUGAAAUCGAAGCGUAUUCUGCUGGACAUCGUUCGGAAUUUGACAUGCAAUCAGCUGGAAAACAUUCGAAAUUAUGGGCCACUUGUUAGACGACGGAGAAAUAAGCAGUCUGCCCAGGUGACAGAAUCGAACACUGUAACUGAUGAUAGAGAGGCGAUCACUCAAGCCCCUUCACCACCCGUGGAAGGAUGGCCAAAUUUUACGGAAAUAUUCAUGGUAUCCGCAGUGACCGGGGAUGGGUUGCGUGAGGUGAUGUCUUUUAUACACGCCAACUCGAAGCAACAACCGUGGGAACAUAUGCCAGACGAACACACGGACCUAACGCCCGAACAGCUGAUUGUGCAGAGCGUUCGUGCACGGUUGCUUGAUUUCAUGCCCCAGGAGAUACCGUACCUACUGCAGACGGAGCUAGAGUACUACGAAUUGGUGGGUGGUAAGAUACUAACCAGCGCCAUCGUAACCUGUCCGAAUGACCGGAUAGCUCGGUUGGUGUGUGGUGAAUCGAAUGGCAAGCUGCGUCAAAUCAACGAGCAGGUUACGUCGGAUCUGAUCGAAACGUUCGGCAUGCCCGUGCUGCUUACAAUUACGACGCGAGUUCGCUGCAAAGAACCAAAGUCAUAAACUGAGAAUGGUAGUUUAUGUUUAUGAUGUGGUUUUCUUUGCUUUGCGGUUUGGUCAGCUCAUGAAAAAUAGUUUACAGGGUUGAAGUGGCGUAGUGUUGCCGAUAAUGGUAGACGAGUGGUGCAAGACAAUUCUGUUAAAUGAAACAUACAUUGAAUUGCUGCAAGACUGUGUCACAAUAUUGUGUGCUGCUGUUUAAAACCUAGUGAAUAUGGUCACUUUAGGGAGUCAUUUAAAGGCUGCAUUAGUAACCCUCCACUAGCUUCAGCAACAAUAAAACACGUUCAAUAAAUCAAUGUUUCUUACACU